AGGCAGAUCACACGGAACCGAACAAUCUCUCCCCACUACCAACCUCUUCCCGUGCGCUCGCCUCAUCGCCUGCCCUGCCAGUCGCUCCGGUUGCUCGUUUCGCCUGCCUCCCCACGUCUGGACUCCUCGUUCGCCGCGGCGUCAACGCGGCUUCCUUCCCGCGGUCUCUCCGCCUCCGCCUCCCAGAUCCGGCGCCCAUGGCGAGGAACCCGGGCUGCACCGUCUUCAUAGGUAACUUGGAUGACAGGGUUCCUGAGAGGGUUCUGUAUGAGAUUCUUAUUCAGGUAGGUCGAGUUGUAGACCUACACAUACCUCGUGACAAGGAAACUAGUCGGCCAAAAGGUUAUGCUUUUGCUGAGUAUGAAUCAGAGGAGAUUGCCCAGUAUGCUGUUAAGCUAUUUUCUGGCCUUGUUCGACUUCAUAAUAAAACACUUAGAUUUGCGAUGUCUGGGCAAGACAAACCCUCAUCAAAUAGCAAUAUGCCUGUAACUCCUAGGUUAAACCCUCUACCAACACCAAAGCCUCCUCAUCUUAUGAGGUCUAGUGAUACUCCUGCAUCACAGCAAACAGUAGUGAAUGGCAGGAUUGCAGGGUAUGGUAUCUCACCAAGUCAUUCAUAUGACACACAUUCUCAAGCAUCAUCAAGUGGGUUACCAAGUAGAGGACUAAGCAAUGGUACAUAUGAGAAUAGUAGACGUGUAUUGGAUUCUGUUCUGAAUGAUGCUAGCCGUCAAGGUACCAGGGAACCAGUUCCAUACCCGUCCUACUAGCAAGUUGAGGUCCAGUGACGGUAACUUGAUAUGCUGACAGAAUAGGCCACUGAAGCCAUUGUCUGUUGUCUCAGCCAUCUAUGAGGUUAUCUCUGUACUCACCAUUCCAUGCCUGUAAAUAUGGGUUAUGGUGGUAGGGCAUAUGCUUAUCUUUUCGGUUGUUCUGUUGUGCUUUACAUUGUGGUGAGAGUUUUGCCUGCUGAGGUUAGGUUCCAUCUCGUACUCUAGUGAUCAAGGUCUUACCUCCACAAAUGUGAUUGUACUAGGAAUUACCAUGUUUCUAGUUACAUGAAUAGGUGGCAAAACUUUGCAGUUCCUGUUUACAUUAAAUGUCGCUACCUGUUUCUCGUGUUAUAGGAGUGUGUUUGUGUUUAAGAUAUGAGUAUUUGGUGGAUUUUGUUUAUCACCCUGUUGAAUCUGUAUUAUGUUGGACAUCAGAAGGGGAAAUGUUGUUUAAAAGAAAAGAAAUCUACCCUCAAAUUAUGAUGAUGUCCGUUUAUAUGAAUCUUUGGUUUAUAUAUGAUUUUUUUGCUUGAGCUGUGUGUCCGUGGCAGCAACAGGCUUUCAUUAAUUCACAACAGGCUCUUCGGUAAUCAGGCCAUACCUUCUCUGUUACAUGGUUGCUUUGGUCCGGCAUUUGCAAGUUGAUCUGUUGUCACUUACAAGUUCAGUAGCGUAGCGUGGAAGUUGUUACUGCUGGACUCACUUAGCUGGUGAAUUAUCUAGCUAUUGCAUUGUUCCAAUGUUACUGCAUUCACUUGAGUUGUAAUCUUGUUGGUGACCCUGCAUUGUUGAUCAAGAUGGGUCAGAUGCUAUUCAUUUCUUAUCAGGUUGUCUUUGGAAGCUCCAUGCAUGUGGUUGUGAGUUCGACCACAUGGAAUUUAAAAGGAAAUCUGCCCCGUUGGAGCUCCAAAUUGCAGGCUACCAGAUUUUCGAAGGAUUUAAUUUGUGAUACUUUUUUUAGAAUCAAGGUUUCCCCGCUUUAUUUCAGAGAAACAAAGCGCACAGAAGAAUUUGUCAUACUGGAGGUCAGCCUAUGAGAUCAAUUUGGGUUCAAGAAUUGUAGUUGGACAAUUAUAUGGCAUAAUGAUACUACCUUACGGUGUAACUAUGCCCCUUGCAAUCGGCAAGUUCAUUUGAACCUU